AUGAAUGAGGAUGCUGACGACAACGCACUGGUCGUCCCUCACUUGGCGUCAUCACCUUCAUCCCGUCACACAGUGGACAGCAGUCCACGUGCACUGCUAGACGGAGGCGUCGAGUCGAACCACAUGGUGGCACGCAUUGCUCGGAGAGGGGAGGGAGGUGGUAAGUUUGGCUGGCAUGAGGGGAAGUGUAGUGGUGAUGGAGUGGCAGUGGCAGAGCGUGACUCCACGCCUUACGCCACGUCCACUUUGCACGUUCGUUGUGGGUGGAGGAAAUGUGGUGAGGUGGUCGUUUGUCCGUUCAAGAAGGUGCCUCAUUCCAUCUCUCCACCACCACCACCACCAUCACCACCACCAACAGGAGCAGCAGCAGCAGCAGCAUUUCCACUUCCAGUUCCUCAGAUGAUACAACGUCAAUGCAACCACACCGAUGUGUGGGUGAACCGAGUGGAAUGA